AUGCCUUUUGGCGAGACAGUGGCCGUGAUUGACAAGUCCGGCAAGGUCGUCAACACUAGCAAGCAAGUCUUUGGUAUCUUCAAUAAUGCCAGAAAUGCCUACCGCGAACGCAAGUCGCAGUUCCAACACGAGCGCAAUGCAAGAGUCGCCGAGCGGCAAGCCAUAAAGGCCAUGGAGAACUUCAGCUUCGAUGACGGGCAGUCUGUCGCAUCUUCUCGACGGAGUGGACGGUCAAGAUCGGUUGCACGGCGCCCUUCCGGUCGCAGUCAACAUCCCCGUCGCGCCUCUUCCCGCGCCCCUUCGUACUAUAGCGAUGAGGAGUCCGUGUACGCUCCACCACCCGCCGUCCUCCCGCGCCGCCACACCCAGCCCAUUAUGGAUACCCGGGAUGUGCCGCAACAACGCCCACAGACCGGCCGCACCAUGAGCGAUGCGGAUAUCGAUAUGGACCUCGCGUACGGCGACUACAAUCCUGAGGCCAUGGUACCACGGAACCCCGGCCCGCCCGGAGCCGCUCCGGCCAAUAACAUGCAGCUGCAGAAGAUCGAGGAUCCUGAGCUGAAUAGCCUGGUGAACCGUGCGCAGAUUUUACUGGAGGAAGCGGAAUGCUUGCAUUACAGUGCGACGACGGCCAUGACUCAAUUGCAGCAGCAUCCAGACGCCAUGGCCGCCGUCGCCCUGACUCUGGCGGAGAUCAGCAAUCUCAUCGGUAAAAUGGCCCCGGCGGCCAUCUCGAUGCUCAAGACAUCUGCACCAGCUGUUUGGGCUCUCCUCGCCAGUCCCCAGUUUCUAAUUGCCGCCGGUGUCGGAAUUGGCGCUACGAUUGUCAUGUUUGGCAGCUACAAGAUCAUCAAGCAGAUCGGAGGCGGAGGCUCAACCGAAAACAAGCCCAAGGCCAUCGAGGAGCCCGACAGGCCCGAAGAGCUGAUGGAGAUCAACACAGAGUGUCUCAGUCAAGUCGAGAUGUGGCGUCGCGGUGUUGCCGACGUCGAAGCCAAGAGCGCCGGCACCAAGGUCGACGGCGAAUUCAUCACGCACACCGCGGCUACCAUGUCCGGUAUCGACGUAAACAACGCGCGCAACUCGCGGGAUCCUCGAUUCAAAUUCGACGAUGAUGCUGCAACGGUUUCAUCGCGCCGCACUGGCCGCUCGCGCAGUGUGCACACGCCUCGUCGGGAGAGCAAGUCGAAACCGCCUACUACUUCCAUCUUCUCGAAGAUGCGGUCUUCGUCCAAGCCGCCUCCUCCGUCGCCUUCCAAGACACCAUCCAAGGCCCCUCCGCCGUCAACUCCGUCGAAGACGCCAUCGAAGCCCGCGUUCACGCGGAGUUACUCAAAGCACGACGGCCUAUCGGAGCGGGAUUCCAAACAGGCCAAAGACACGCCUAAGCGGUCUAGCAAGUUGCGACUCAUGUUUACUUCGUCUUCUUGA